GCCCCUCCUCCAGUAGAGAGCACAGGAACUGAAACGGUGCUGCCGUCGAGCUGUCGGUCUGCAGUUGGUAGACAGACGCAGAAUCUCACUCCGUUGCUGGGUCAUAGGUGACUUGGUGAUCCCAGACCCUGAGGGCAGUUGCUGCCUCUCUCUCACACUUCUUCCCAUCUCUUGACAGUUUUGUCAUGGCGUCCUCCUUGAUAAGUCGUCAACUUGCGCUCUCCCUGCAGAAAAACUUGCGUCUCAGUGCUCCAGGGUGCAGAUAUGUUAGCAAGGCAGCACCAAAGACUCAGGUGGAGUUUGACUAUGACAGGCCCUCCAUGAAAACUGAAGUCCCUGGGCCACGAUCACAGGAGCUAACGAAACAACUGGGAGAAAUCCAGAAUGUUGGUGCAAUCAACUUCUUCUGUAAUUAUGAAGAAAGCAGGGGGAACUACCUGGUGGAUGUGGAUGGCAACCGCAUGCUGGACAUCUAUACUCAGAUCUCCUCCAUUCCGAUUGGCUACAACCACCCUGCUCUCCUCAAACUAAUGGCCAAUCCCAGUAAUCUGAGUACAUUUGUAAACCGACCUGCCCUGGGAAUUUUGCCGCCUGAGAACUUUCCAGACAAACUCACUGAAAGUCUUCUCUCAGUGGCUCCCAGUGGAAUGAAUCGUGUUCAGACAAUGGCCUGUGGCUCUUGCUCUAACGAGAAUGCUUACAAAGCCAUGUUUAUCUGGUACAGGAACAAAGAGCGAGGCCAUACUACACCAUCUGAAGAAGACGUCAGCUCCUGCAUGAUAAACCAGGGCCCAGGCUGCCCAGACCUCAGUAUUUUAUCUUUCAUGGGAGGUUUCCAUGGAAGAACUUUGGGUUGCUUGGCAACGACACACUCCAAAGCAAUCCAUAAGCUGGAUGUGCCCUCGUUUGAUUGGCCGAUCGCUCCAUUCCCCAGACUGCAGUAUCCAUUGGAAGAGUUUACCAGAGAGAAUGCACAGGAAGAAGCUCGCUGCUUGGAAGAGGUGGAGGAUCUGAUAGUGAAGUGGAGGCAGAAGGGAAAGCCUGUGGCAGGAAUUGUGAUUGAACCCAUCCAGGCUGAAGGUGGAGAUAACCAUGCUUCCCCAGACUUCUUCAGUAGCCUUCGCAACAUUGCACGCAAGCAUGGCUGUGCUUUCCACGUGGAUGAAGUCCAGACUGGUGGAGGGUCCACAGGAAAGUUUUGGGCCCAUGAACACUGGGGCAUGGAUGACCCUGCUGACAUUGUCUCCUUUAGCAAGAAGCUCCUGACUGGUGGCUACUACCACAAGCAAGAAUUACAGGCUGAUAAGCCAUACCGCAUCUUUAACACAUGGAUGGGUGACCCAUCAAAGAACCUCUUCCUGGCUGAGGUUCUUAAUGUUAUCCGCAGAGAAAACCUUCUGGAGGAGGUGACUCGUUCUGGGAAAGCCUUGCUAAAUGGUCUUUAUGAGCUGCAGGCUCAAUACCCUGGCUUAUUGAGCCGAGCCCGAGGACAGGGAACCUUCUGUGCCAUUGAUAUCUGUGAUGAUGCAACACGCAACAGUAUCCUUCUGAAGGCCAGAGACAAAGGUGUCCUCCUGGGAGGGUGUGGGGAUCGAUCCAUUCGUUUCCGUCCAUCACUGGUGUUCAAGGAAUACCAUGUUCACAUGUUCCUCAACAUCUUUAAUGAUGUGUUGGCCCAGCACAAAUAAUUUUUUAUCCAGAAGGAACCUGACAUGAGUUAAUCCAGAAUGGAGGAAUUGAAACUCCUUACAGUAAAUGUCAUGUUAAGCACAACUCACAAUUACUAAGACAGAGAUCCAGGGCCAGUUGAGUUUAUAACAGUGAAUAUUGGCUAGGCUUCGUAUCCUUAGCCAGAAGUUGUUAUGAUGAUGUCCUCUUACUUGUGCUACAACAAUGCUGUACAAUUACCUAGAAAAUCAUUCAGAUUUAAAUAAAUGUUAAUAUGUCUGUAAAAUAAGUCUAUUGAAAUGAAAAACUCCAUAAA